AUGGGUCUGGCCCCGCUGCUGCUGCUGCUGCUGGCCCUGCUGGCCUCCCUGCUGAACGCUGCCCCUGAAAACUGUGGCAAUCAAAACUUUGGGGUCGACCAGCAAAAGCACCUGGAAGCCCCCGAGGGCGGCUCCAUCCGCAUCCCCUGCUCCUUCCACCACAGCUGGGAGGUAACCAAGAAUCCUGAGGUGAGGAUAGCCUGGAGGUGGAAGAACUUCCAUGGAGAUUUCAUCUACAACCAGACUCUGAGUUGGACCCAUGAGGAGUUCAAGGACCGUCUCCACCUGGACUGGACACAGGGCCAGACCAGGGGUGCCCUCCUCAUAUGGAACCUGCGGAGGCAGGACACGUCCACAUACUUCUGCCGAGUGUGGCUGAACACAAAAACAUGCGGGCCACAGGUGUUUCAGUCCAUUCAGGGGACCAAACUCAGCGUCACCCCAGCUGCCCCUGAAAACUGCAACACUGGCCAUGGGAUCAACCAGCAAGAGCACCUGGAAGCCCUCGAGGGCGGCUCCAUCCGCAUCCCCUGCUCCUUCCACCACAACUGGGAGUUAGCUGAGAAUCCUGAGGUAAAGAUAGGCUGGAGGUGGAAGCACUUAAAUGGAGAUUUCAUCUACAAACAGACUCUGAAUUGGGACCAUAAGGAGUUCAAGGACCGUCUCCGCCUGGACUGGACCCAGGGCCAGACCGAGGGUGCCCUCCUCAUCUGGAACCUGCAGAGGCGGGACACGACCACAUACUUCUGCCAAGUGACGCUGAACACAAAGAGAUGCGGGAAACGGGUGAUUCAGUCCAUCCGGGGAACCAAACUCAGCGUCACCCCAGCAACGAAAACCACUCAGGGCCCCACCAGCACUGCAGCCACCACCGGAGUUGACACCAGUGUGAACAAGGGCGACACACAUACUGGAUCAAGUCCCCUGAGUCCGGGAACUCUGGCUGGAGUGGCAGCAGCAGGUGCCGUGCUCGGAAUUGCAAUUCUGGGACUUAUUCUCUACCUCAGUUGGAAGAGAAGCAAAGGUAGCAAGGCAGCAGAAGACACCCCAGCCAGGGAAUCCCUCCAAAAUACAGAGUGCAAAUACGAGAACGUGGAGAAUAAAGGACACCGUAUAGAUGCCAAGCUGGAUCCUACGGAUGAUGGCAUCACCUAUGCCUCCCUUUCCCUCUCUCAGUUAACUUCACCAGCAGAACCCUCCCGCCUCCAUCCCCACAGAGGCCCCCAGGAAGAAACCCUCUACUCUACCUUGAAGACCUAACAAGCUGCCCAGGACC